UGAGGCAAGUCCCCUAUCACAGUUGAAUACCCCUACAAAUGGGAGCAGGAGAAGUGUACAAACUCUGUUCCUAAGGAAGCCCCCAUCCCUAAAUCCUAACUGGUGGAAUAACUUGGCACAGAGAAUUGCAGAUCUCAGGCUUAAAAAGCUCUAUAGGAUCUUGACAGAACAUUGCAGUCAGCUCCCAAGUCUGACCUGUGGUCCUGAUUGAUCAGUCUUGAGGUGUGGCAUUCAAUAAACCAUCCCUAAUUGACGGCGAUUGGUCAGAGUGGUUUGUGCAGUGAUUCCCAGACCCCAACAUUGUAAAGGGCAAGGAAACUACUUUUGCAGUUGUAAAGUUGACUGCAGACUCACAAGUGAGAAAGAGAGUCAUAAAGCCUAGAAAGAAAGCCAUCAAAGAGAACUCUUAAACAGUGUGAUAAGGAUGCUGACAUGUAGGUCUCAGUACUUGCUGGCUUCUGAUGGUGUACGUAGGACUCAGUUUUCCUUAAGGUACUGGCCACUGGGAGUUUGAUCAUGCUCCUGUUGGGGUCCAUGAGUUGCCCCAUAAACCACACGAACAGUGAUCUCAGUCAAACAGAGAUGGUUUUUUGAAUGCACACCCUAAGACUGAUUGAUCAGGGUUAUGUGGAGAGCUCUUGGGGCCACUUCUAGAAAUUUGGCAGGAAUUUGACAUUGCCUAGGACAAGGAAGUAGGCUCAAGAUCUUGAUCAUCUUGAUAGGUUCCUGAAUACCACAGGACUUUUUUUUUUUUAUUGCCUUGUCUGUUCCUUGACCUAGAACUGACCAUAUUCUUUGUAUGUACCUAGAAUGAUAUAAGAGCAGAGUGGAAAAAAAUAAACCCACUUCAGCCUCAGCACUGGCUGCAGUCAUGCUAUAGUGUUGUCUAAGUGUCUUUUUCUUUUCAAUCCUUGCUCCCUCCCUUGAGACCCAGUUGGCUGACUGAGCUGACUUGGGUGGGGUCGUAGCAAAGAAUUUGGGGGCUGAGGCUAUGGGCAUGAACAUUUCUCAGGGCUGGCUUAUAAAGGGGAAAAAAAACAUAAAAGUUACAGUGAGAUCAUACACAAGUACAAGAAGAGCUUCCCGGUGGUCAGCCCCGACUCAAGCCAUUUUAGACAUAAGAGCUCAUAUUGACUUUUAAUUUGAUGGGUUCUACAUAAAGCUUCAUGGAAUUUCUUAAGAUUGACAAACCUUACAACAUACAGAACAUAACAGGGUUUGGGAUCAGCAUGACCUUUCUCUGAGUCAAAUAAUUUUUCCAUGUCAAUGAUUGGCAGGCACGUUACAGCAACAGUAUGAAAUGGCUGGCAAGCAUGGAACAAUAUGGCCACAGCUAUGGUGAGGGGCAGACCUCAAUACUCCACUGAGUAUAUGGAGACCACAAACUGGGCUUGUUUUGUUUGGUUUUCUUCUUUUCUUUUUUUGUGGCAAGCGGUCAUAAGGGUGUUUGAGGUCAGACCCUGGAGAAUAGGAAAUGAGUAUGAUCUGGGUUCAUGUUGUGAAAGUCCCAAAUAACAUUUAAAAAUACUAUGAGUUAAAAAUUAAAACAGCACUGCGAAGAAAUGAAAGAGAGCAGGGCUCAGUGGCCAAACCCAGAGUUGGCAGAUCCAGUGUGGCCUCCACCAGAGGAGGACCCACUGCUCUGUCACACUGGCCUUUUCCACAGUCCUUGCUUUCUUGCUAUCCCAUGAUCUCCCCCCAACCCACAUGGCUUCCUUUUGUUCAUAGCGCCUCUUGGUGAAGACAGUGCUACAGAUCACUUCCCCAACUGUUAUCGAUUAGCUACGGUCUUAGAGAUGAUUCUUUGCUACAAAAUAACAGACUAAAAACACUCUAUAUGUCUCAAAUUUUCUAUCAAGGUUCAGAUCAAGAAGGAUAUGCUAAUUUAUUAAUCUGGCCAGCCAUGGUAACCUGUAUCUUUAAUCUUAGGAUUCAGAAUUAGGAGACAGAGCCAAGCGACUGCACAGUUGCACAUUGUGAAUUCUAGGAUCACCAGGACUACUCGGAGAGACCCUGCCUCAAAAAAAGAAAUUUGAAGUAGUUGAUGUAAUCAAUUUUACCACUUCAGCUGAUAUAUUCAAUUGAGACCGUGUCUUGCUAUGUAGCAUAAACAUUCCAGAAAUCUGCCCCCCCCCUCCCCCGCCUCAGCCUCCUGAGAUGGGAUUAAAGGCUCCUGGUUAACCUUUGCUGAUCCACCCUACACAUCCAGGUAGGCUGGGUCUGACUCACUCAUAACCCAGAGCUUUAUAAACAACUGGAUCUGCACCUGCUUGUCAGAUUUCUAUUAGCCCAGGAAAGUUCUUCCUCCACACCCCAGACGCUUUUGUCCACCAGGACACAGCAAACUCCAGCUCCAAGACUUCAUGGAGCACACACAACUCAGGAAAAAUGUAGAUGAUUUGAAGGGUGUGUGUGAGUAUCAACUCUUGUGUUUUGUGGAGGAAACCUGGAGUGUUUGGUUUCAAUUCUGCUCAAAAUUUUAUAGCUAAAUGUGUGUCUCUGGCAUGGAUCUCCUCUCCAUGUGAAUAGGAACUCAUCUGGUGCUCACAGAAAGCCUCACAGAACUCAGAGCCUGCCUCCACCUCUAAGAAAAGAGCUGGCGUUAUAGCGACAUGCUGAGCAUGGUUCUUAUCUUUCUCUGGACCUAUAGUUAGUUAUUUGGUCAUAGAAUUUGUCUGAUACCUUGAUAUGUUUGAAGCAAAGCUGGGGUUUUAUGAAGAGAUAUUAUAUGUGUUUCUAACACUAGGAUAAUAGAAAAAAUUUGGGAAGAAAGAGAAGUGGAGGGAGAGGCUCAGGUGUUCUCAAAGGAGGGGGAGGGGGCUUUGGUUUUUACCUUUCACUCCAACAGGGGCCUCCUCCAAUGCUCAUGGAUGUUUCCCCUGGUUACACUUCACCACCAAGGUUUUCCCCUGGUGAGAAUGGACCGGCAUCUGUAGAACAGGAGUGAAGAGUCCAUUGUCUUUGCGAUGCUGCAAGGGGCUGGGUCCGGAACCUGCUCACAGCUAAGAGACAGAUUCGUGUUGCAUGAUAAUGGUUUUAACAUAUUCUUUAUUCUUUUCUGAGCAGAGAGAAGCAAACCAAGGUGAAAGUUUGGGAAACACCAAAGUAUCCAAUGUGGGAAAGAGUGUGAAGGAGGAAGAACAAAGGCCCUCAGGUCGUUCCCGUAGCUCAUGGACCGACUCUGAAAUCAGGGUCUUCCUGCAGGAGUGGGAAGUAGUCGAACAGGAAAUGGGCCAACCAGGCAGGAAGCUCCACAAGAAGACCAAGUCUCUUUGCCAGCGCCUCUAUCAGCAGGGCCUGAAGAAGAGCUGGAAAAGCUGUUUCCACCUGCUGCUGAGCCUGCAGGACCUGCACAGGACGCUCUGCAAUGAGAGACCAGGGAUUGAACCCUUGUUUUCUCCUUAUUCAGAGGCUCUGUACAGGAUCCUGGGCUCCACUCCCCAUGAAAGCUGGUUCCCAGGUUAGUCUCUUCUGUAUCCGCCUUUGGGUUCUCUAGAGAGCAGCAUCAGGUGACCUGUCCUUCAUGAGCACAGAGCAGAGCACACCAUGUGGGAAUCCCCAUUCCCACAGGCCUCCACUGCACAUAGCAGCAUAAAUGUCUGUCCUCUCUGUUUGUCUGUGUUCCUCUGUCACCCCAAGAGAUUGAAAUUUGGACCUGUUCAGGAUAGACCAAGCCACACAGGACAGCCCAUUGCUAGACGUGAUUCAGAGAAAGUGAAGGUGACACAUUUAUGAAUUCUGUUUCUUCUCCAUCUCAGGUCCUUUCUCUAAAUCACAGAGCUUAGAGGCUCCUUGAAUGGACAGCCUGGGACUAAAACAAAACAAAACAAAACAAAACAAAACAAAACAAAGUAACAACAACAAAACGCUCAGAGAACUAUAGCAGAGGCAAUUCUUGUUUAAGAAGCUUUGUUGAAUAGAAAAAUCAGCACUGCAACUAGAGUAGCCCCACAAGCGUUUCCCAAAGCCAGUCAUUUCCCAGCCAGCAGAGGCCAGCAAGGGAGAUCUGAAUUGACGGGACUUAUGCUGGCCUGAAGAGCUAAUGUCUAGGUCUAAGAACGACUUCCUAGAAUGGAGGAGGGCUCCAGAUCUGGUGAAGCAGCUCCCAUUUCAGAUGGAAAGCAGAAACACAUCUUGCGUGUGAGCCGAAAGAUGGGUAUGGCCAAGCACAGGACAGCGUCUGAGCAGACACAGACUGAGAGCAAACAAGUAAUCCAAGCAACAGAACUUCUAACCAGGUAAAAAUGUUUAAAAGUCAUGUUUUAAUGUUAAGAAAAAAGGAAGGAGACUGUAUAUGAAAAUUCAUAGAUAGAUAUAAAUAAUUUAAAACUGAUAAAUUUAAAGAAGUAAGACAUCUGAAGAUAAAAGACACAGUAACAUGGGACCUUUGGACUUUAUCUAAUGCCUUUUGAAAUGGUUCAAAGAUAGGAACAAAAGAAAAAGGGGGGUUGGGGACUUAGCUCAGUGGUAGAGCGCUUGCCUAGCAAGCACAAGGCCCUGGGUUCGGUCCCCAGCUCCAAAAAAAAAAAAAAAAAGAAAAGAAAAAGGGACAAUUAACCCAGGU